UGGACCUUUGAUAGCAGGAUACCCGGUGGUGAAGGUGACAUCUUCAGUUCUGUCAUACCUACCUUCCGAUAUCUCCAAGCCUGCAACACAACCAUGAUUCACAGAGGCCAGAAGCCCCAUCACUGGGCCCUCCUUAUCGGAAUCAAUUUCUACGUGGAAGAGGUCCCCCUCAAAGGCCCCGUCAAUGAUGUCGAACUCAUGCAAGAAUAUUUCCGACGUGACAAGCGAAAGGUCGACAUCCAAGUGCUGAAAGCGUCGUCAACCGCAGUGGACCAACCUCACCCGCCCGAGAAUCCAGCACAAUGGCCAACCGUAUCGAACAUCGAAUCUAGUAUUGAGCGAAUCAAGGACAACGCACAAGAAGGGGACUUUGUCUAUAUCCAUUUCUCCGGUCAUGGUACUCGCACGCUGCUCACCAAUCCCAAAAUCAAACACGGCCACAAAGAUACUGGGGAUGCCACCCUAAUUGUCCUCGGUGACGACGGCCGCCGGGAAGAAGAUCUCAACGGCCGGUUCCUUGCAAUCAGGCUGAAAUGGCUGGUCGACAAAGGCCUCAAAGUCACAUUGGUUCUCGAUUGCUGUUACUCCGGCCAUGUGUAUCGUCACUCGAAAGUGCCGGGAGCCAUAAUUCGGACGUCCGGCCGCGCCCAGCCUACCAGCUCCAGCAGUUAUCCCACAUCAGACCUGUCCAGGGCUCCUUAUAUGAGGAAUGCAGAAGUAUCCCCAGAGGAUUGGCUUCUAAAGCCCGCCGGCUACACGAUUCUGACCGCCUGUGGCCCCCACGAAGUCGCGCGGGAGGUCGACGUCGCCGGCCAAACCCACGGCGCACUAACGUGGUUUCUGCACGAGUCCCUGAUGAGGCUUCAGCAUGCUGGAGGCAUCGUCUCGCAACAAUCGCUGCACAACCAUCUUGUGGCUAGAAUGCACUCGGUGUGGCCCUCGCAGACACCAAUGUGUUAUGGACGAACGGACUUCUGCUUUUUUAGCGACCUCCAGGUGAAAGCGAACCACAAAUUCGUUUUGGUGGAGGAAAAUCGUCAAAAGCUUGUGUUGCAGGCGGGACGUGCACAUGGGAUAUACGAGGGCGAUGAAUAUGCCCUCUAUCCAUUUGAUGCUUCCGAGAAUUCGACCAACUUGCCGCCCGGCAAGUCUUUUAGGGCCCGAGUUAGCUCUGUCGACGCGAUCACAUCGGAUCUGGACGUCCUCGAGCCCCGGGAUACGGCCAUGAGCAAUGAAAGCGGAUGGAAGGCGAAAGCUCUCACGAGUAUCUCUCCACACAAGAUUAAAGCAGGUCUGCUUGAUUCCAUCGGCAAUCCAUCCCAGUGGGAAGCCGCGGCGAGGGGAAGCCACUUUCUCGAAUUUCACGCCGAGGAGAGUCAGGGAAGAUCAUGUCAGUUCUACCUCGAAAGCCCUCAGAACGAGACCUACCGGAUUUUGGAUUCGUCGGGGGAUGCAAUUCUCGGCUUUCCCUUCCACCCGGCAGAAGACAGCGGGGUGUCCGACGAAGUACUCCGCGCCCUGGAGCAUAUGGCAACGUUCAAGUUCAUUGAAGGGCUCGACAAUCGCAAUCCAAACCCCCAAUUCGAAGCGAUGUUUCGAUAUACACUUCUAGACCAGCUGAACAGCCCGUAUGAUUUUACGGGGACUUUGGACGUCGACGAUGCAACAAUUGUCACGCUGGAGUUUGAGAAUCUUAGCCAAGGAACUCCGCUAUAUAUGACAGUAUUGGACAUGAAUCCUUCAUGGGGUAUCUCAUGUCUGACCAGAAACGACGGGGCUGCAGGAUACUAUACCGUCUUGCCCCGCUGCAGCUUGAAACCCGAGGCACCAAAGCCACGGAUUCGUUGGAAAAUGUACGUCCCCGAGCACCUGAGAAAACAAGGGUACUGCGAAGACAUUGUGAAAAUCAUCGUCACAAAUAAACCUACUUCCUUUUCACCUUUCUUGCUGUCCAAAAUCACCGAGGCUUCUCAUCGAGGUGCAGCACACGGGCUGUCGAAAUUGUUGGCCAGGUUGAAUCCAGCUCAACGCUCGAAUACAGGGGAAGGUGACGAUCCAGAGUUUUCAAUGGUCAACAUUAUCAUCAGAACGCAUUUUCGGGCGCCAUGACAGUUCGCUUCAAGUGGCUUUCUAGCUCGUGGGAGACAUUCUGAUUAGAUUCUCAAUGACAUGUAUCGUUUCACAGAUACCCUGCUGACAUAAUUAGGAUAGAUAGUUCCACGGCAUACCCAGCCCAGGUUGAACCAGUCCCAUCUC